UAAAAGUAAAUUUAAAUGCACCUGCUGUCAUCAACUAACCUCAUGCUGCUUCACCUGCUUCUAUUUACUUCACCUUGUCCACCCUUUAUAUUUUCCCCCCACUCUUCUGAACCAACACAACUUCCAAUCUUCAUUCUCUUUUUACUACAUCAGACAGAGAUGGAGAGGGAAAGAAGCAAGCUGGUUUCUUUGUUCAUGUGGGUUGUCGUAGCUGGGUUGCGUGUCCAGAAUUUGGUCAUUCCAGUAACGUCCACUAGCUUUGAAGAGCAGAAGAACUACUAUCCAGCUCCAGACCCUCCAUCAGGAACUCCCCCUGCAGGUUCACACGGUUCAGGAGGUAGCUAUGGCGGCACAACUCCCUCUCAUGGAACCCCAUCACAUGGAGGUGGCUACCACCCAACACCAACACCAUCAACGCCUCCAGGUGGAAAUUGUGGGACUCCACCACACGAACCAUCAACUCCAUUCAAGACCUCACACCCUCCUUCACAUGGUGGAUAUUACCACUCCCCUCCAACUUAUGGAGGUGGCAGUCCUCCGACUUAUGGAGGUGGCAGUCCUCCGACAUAUGGAGGUGGCAGUCCUCCAACACCAGUUACUGUAAGCCCACCAACUACUCCCUCUAUUGACCCUGGAACUCCAAGCAUUCCUACACCUCCAUUCUUUCCUGCUCCAACUCCACCUAUUGGAGGUACAUGCAAUUUCUGGAGGAGUCACCCAGCACUGAUAUGGGGUAUGCUUGGCUGGUGGGGCACUUUAGGUAGUGCAUUCGGCGCGACCAGCGUUCCUGGGUUUGGAACAACUAUGAGCUUGCCACAAGCACUUUCAAACACACGUACCGAUGGAUUUGGGGCGCUUUACCGGGAAGGGACAGCUUCCUUGCUGAACUCCAUGGUAAAUAACAGGUUCUCAUUCUCAACUAAGCAAGUUAGGGAGAGUUUUGUUGCAGCACUAGGCUCAAACAGCGCUGCAGCAGGUCAGGCUCAUCUCUUCAAGCUUGCCAAUGAAGGCCACCUCAAGCCCAGGGCCUAAACAAAACCUUCCGUUUGUCAGUUUCUUGAAGCAUUUUAUCCACUAGUGUGUGCUACUUAGAUUGUGUUUGUAGUAUUUUCUAAAAUCUGUGAUGCUACAGCUUUCAUUUGGAUAGAUACUGUCUCGAGAAUUAAAUGUUAAAGUUUAUGUUUUCUUAUUGUUAGAAUAAGAUUUAAGAUUUUGGUUUCAA